UUCCGGCCGGCGUGAGUGAGCGAGUUUGGGCUUUUUUUUUCAAGAUGGCGGCUGCGGCGGGCUUGGAGUUCCAGCGCGCCCAGUCCUUGCUGAGCACCGACCGGGAGGCCUCCAUUGGCAUCCUGCACUCCAUAGUGAAGCGUGAUGUCCAGGAGAACGAUGAAGAGGCCGUACAAGUCAAAGAGCAGAGCAUCCUGGAACUGGGGAGUCUCUUGGCCAAGACGGGGCAGGCGGAAGAACUUGGAGGACUUCUGAAGUAUGUGCGCCCUUUCUUAAACUCCAUCAGCAAGGCGAAGGCAGCCCGCCUGGUUCGGUCUCUGCUAGAUCUUUUCCUAGACAUGGAAGCAGCAACAGGACAAGAGGUUGACCUGUGUCUUGAAUGCAUUGAAUGGGCCAAAUCCGAGAAGAGGACAUUCCUGCGCCAAGCUCUGGAGGCAAGGCUGGUUUCUUUGUACUUUGACACUAAACGGUAUCAAGAAGCAUUGCAGUUAGGCUCACAGCUUUUGCGGGAGUUGAAAAAGAUGGACGACAAGGCCCUCCUAGUGGAAGUGCAGCUGUUGGAGAGCAAGACCUACCAUGCCUUGAGCAACCUGCCAAAAGCAAGAGCAGCAUUAACCUCUGCCCGAACCACAGCCAAUGCAAUCUAUUGCCCCCCCAAGCUUCAGGCGGCGCUGGACAUGCAGUCAGGCAUCAUUCAUGCAGCAGAAGAAAAGGACUGGAAGACGGCAUAUUCCUAUUUUUACGAGGCAUUUGAGGGUUACGAUUCCAUCGACAGCCCCAAAGCUAUCACGGCGUUGAAAUACAUGCUGCUGUGCAAGAUCAUGCUGAAUUUGCCUGAAGAUGUACAGGCCUUGGUGAGCGGGAAGCUUGCACUGCGGUAUGCAGGCAGACAGACAGAAGCUCUGAAAUGUGUGGCACAGGCUAGUAAGAAUAGAUCACUGGAUGACUUCAAAAAGGCUCUGAAAGAUUAUAAAGUGGAACUCAGGGAUGACCCCAUCAUCAACACACAUUUGGGCAAACUCUAUGAUAACUUAUUGGAACAAAACCUGAUCCGGGUCAUUGAGCCUUUCUCCAGAGUUCAGAUUGAACACAUAUCUAGCCUUAUCAAGCUGUCAAAGGCCGAUGUGGAAAGGAAACUCUCUCAGAUGAUCCUGGACAAGAAAUUUCACGGGAUUCUCGACCAAGGCGAAGGCGUCCUGAUUAUUUUUGAUGAACCGCCUGUAGACAAAACGUACGAAGCUGCUCUGGAGACCAUUCAGAAUAUGAGUAAAGUAGUGGAUUCGUUAUACAACAAAGCCAAAAAGCUAACAUAGAGUUGGGAACUGUUGGCUGUUGCUUUGGAGAGUUGGUGCGUGAAACCUUUUGGGGGGGUGGGACAAAAGGCUAGAAGACUGGUGGGGUGUUUUUUGUUCCCCACCCCCCUUUUGCUCUUACUUCUCACUCGGAAAGUUUUAAGACUUCCUCAUCUGAUCCAUCUUGUCUAUACAAUUGUGUGUUCCAGUUUCCAUGUAACCUUUUACCUGCUGAACUUUGUACUGGGAUGGGGAAAUAAUAAUGUUUAAAAUAAUAAAAAAAGGAGAGUUUCUUGGGGGUGGGGGGGAAGGGAGCAGCGGCAGUAUCCUAAAUAAAAGGAGAGAGGCUUAUGCUACCUUAAAAAAAACAAAAAAGAAUUGCUUCCCAUUUUCUUGAGGGCGGCAGAAGGGUGGGCCAAAGGCAGCUCCAUACAUCCACAAAAUUCCUACACAGAAGGCGUUUUCCAUGUAUACUGUAGCAUAACAUGAUUAUACACACCUGUACAUGCCCAGGGAAGCCGUGGCUGAUUGCGGCUUCUCAGCGUGAGCAUGCACAGCAAAAAAGAAAAAGCUGUCUGUGAGUUUGUUUGUUUUCCCCACAAACUCUCUCCGUAGUCUUGCAUUCCAUGUAGGAAUUUUGUCAUCUGUGAAGUGGCCAGUUAGAAAGCGGGAGUUAUCUUCAACCUUGUGUCCAGAAUACAGAGAUUUCAAGGCAGCCAAAGCGAGACCGGUUUGCUAAUCCACAACAACAACCGCAACUGCUGAAACGUCAGUGAAAAGAAUUUUAGGCCUCCAGCCACCUAAUAAACUCCCUCUUGAAUUCUGAGGCCUUAACAGUUAGGAGCCCGCUUGAAUACGUUUUUCCACGGUCAUAAAAAGAGCAAGAGAUGGCCCAAGUCACUUUUGAACGGUGGCUCCGAAGGUUUCCUGGUUCUGUACUGCAUGCCGUUUGUCCUUUAUUAUUGGGUUUUUUUAAAAAAAAAAAAGGCUAGAAAUGUACUUGCCUUUUAACUUCACAAGAAGAUAUGCUGUUGGAAAGAACUGAACUUCUGUACGAUAUUAACAUUUUUUUAAAAGGAAAAAAAACUGCAGAUGGGUCUUAUUUUCAGCUGGCCGUCUUUAGGCCACCCAGAGGCUUUAAAAACUUGUUUCCCACCCCUUGAACAUACAAAAUGAGACGGAAGAACCGUUCUAGGCAGAGGUCAGGGCGGCGCAUGACACCAGCCGUGGGGAUGCCAUCGAAAGCGGCAUAUUACCAUAGCAGCGUUCCCACAUCCAUAUAUUGAGAUCUAGAUCUAGAAGGAUUUGCCGCAAGACUCAGUGUGGUUACUUUGGGUUUCCCCACCACUGCACUCAGUGGUGUGGACUGCGGAAGGGGAGAUUGCCAUGCGGUGAGCACUCUUAAAACUAGAUCAGCAAUUGUGGUGGUCCCAGGGCCAAAAGCUAGCCUCCUGAAGCUUGCCAGCCUGGAAGAGGGUGUGUGUAGAGGAAGCAGUGUCUUUGGCAGUCCACUGUGGGGAAUGAUGAAAGGAAAGAGAUCCCGGCUUGCCACUCUUUAUCACCAUGUCAAAGUGAUCUUCCAGGAAAGCUAGUUACUGACCCUAGACCAGGUGGGAGAACUUGCCUCUCCAGCAUCACUUAACUGGCAUUUUCGCCGCAGGUCUAAACCGUGCAGUGCCAAUGCCACAAUGGGAACAUGAGGGUGGUGGUCUUGUGUGGAAGAGGCAAGGGGGCUAUUAACCCUGGCAUUAUGUCAUUGAACGAUGAAGUAUAUUUAAGGUGUUAACCAGCAUCUGAGUAGUGCAACCUUCUGCAUCGCCAUUUCCUUUCUGUGCUUUCUCACACUUCCCCCCCCCCUUUUGCAAAACGAUACUCUCAUGCCACAAAAUAUUUUUUGCAUUCGCAUGAAAUCUCUCUCAACUGGCUGAAUCUUCCUCCCCCUCUCCCCCAAUGUUCUCCCCCCCCUUUUUUUUGUCCUUCCUGCACUCUAUAAUCUUCCUCUCCGUCUCAGCCAGUCCAGAUGUUUUGGGGAAGUGGUUUUUUUUGGGGGGGGUCUUGGGGAGGGUUUUGGCACCAUGAAUUCAAAUGUACAAAUGGUUCACGCUAACACACACCAGGUAUAUCUGAUGUUCAGAUGGCAUACAAAUAAAAAAAAAACCUUUUUCAAAAA